AUGUUAAGACAACGAUCGACAUCAAAGGGUAAGCAUUUUGAUAGGUUAGUCCCAGAGAAAGUCAAUUUAAGUGAUUAUCAAAUUCACAUGGUAGAGGAUUAGAAAAAUGAAUCAUUAAGAGAACUUGAUCUGAAUGAACAAUUGAGAGUUGAAAACAGUCAAGCCAAAUAUAGUAGUCUAUUAAAACAAAAAUUAAUGGAAAACAAAUCUUAAUCCAGUCUAUUUGUGUAUCAAAGACAGCCAUCAAAAUAUAAACCUUAUAUUUUUGAGAAUGAAUGUCCUUCUCCUGUUCGUAAAAUAGCCAAGACACCCUAUAAGAUUCUGGAUGCCCCCAAAAUUAAAGACGAUUUCUAUUAUCAACUAGUAGAUUGGAGUAUGAACAAUCAGAUAGGAGUUGGCCUUGGGAAUUCAGUUUAUACUUGGAAUGCCAUAACAAAUGAAACAACCUAAUUAUUGGAAAUCGAAGCUCCAGUUUGUGUUAGUAGUAUUAAAUGGUGUGAUAGAAGUGAUAUCAUUGCAAUAGGAGACGAUACAGGUGCAGUCAGAAUUUAUGAUAUUGUUAAAGCUAAGAUAUUAAAAACAUACGAGAAUCAUAAUUCCAGAGUAGGUUGUUUAGAUUGGAAUGGAUGCAAUAUAACAAGUGGUAGUAGAGACAAGAGUAUAUUGUUCUAAGAUAUCAGAACUAAUAAUGAUUAUGAAUUGUCAUUUCAAAGUCAUAAACAAGAAGUUUGUGGAUUGCAAUGGAGUCCUAAUGAACAAUUUUUGGCUUCUGGAGGCAAUGACAAUAAUGUUAUGAUUCAAUCAAUAAAGAUGCCAAACUAAUCGAUGUAUGUAUUCAAGGAUCACAUUGCAGCCGUUAAGGCUUUAGCAUGGUCUCCUCAUCAACCAAAUAUUCUAUGUAGUGGAGGUGGAACAACUGACAAAUGCUUGAAAUUCUGGAAUACCUCAAAUGGACAACUCUAAAAUAGCAUUGACACUGGUAGUUAAAUUUGCAACAUGAAAUGGUCUACCAACACAAAUGAAUUGGUAACUUCACAUGGUUAUUCUCUUAAUUAAGUUGCUGUUUGGAAAAUGCCCAAGAUAGAGAGAAUAGCUACACUAUAUGGCCAUUCUUUCAGAGUUCUAUAUUUAGCUUUAAGUCCUGAUGGAGAGAAUAUCGUUACAGGGAGUGGAGAUGAAACUCUUAGAUUUUGGAAGUUGUUUCCUUCAAAAAAUAAAAAUUCAAACCUUGUUAAUCAAUCUAAACUGGAUUCUAUCAGGUUGGAUAUUAGAUGA